AUGCCCCCCACGACGCCCAGCGAGCAGCCCCCGCCUGUGCCCGCCAACCGUGCACGGCGCGUCUCUGCGCCGGUCAAGACCACCACGCCCGCCGUACUCGUUAAGGAGCAACACCGGACGCUUCCCAAGAAGCCCGCCGUCGCUGGCGAGAACGCCAACGCCCAUGCGCCGGCCACUCUCACCAAGUCUCCACCCGCACUGCGCGAGAAGGACCAGCCAGCGGGCGCGGAGCAGAAGAAGAUCAAUAGACGGGGCAGCAAGCCGAUCAUCCAUUGGUUUCAGCGCAAGCUCGGCGGGACGCGCACGCGCCGCGCAAGCGAGGCGAGCCCGAACGCGCGCCCUCCCAUACCCAAUUUUGAAGCGAACGGCGUGAAGCGCACCCGAGAGAAGGAGCCGGCGAAGAAGAACGGACAGGCGCAAGCGCCGAAGAGGGCAACCAUGCCCCCGCUCACGCCCGCCCCCGAAUCCCCAGACUCGGACUCGCCGCCGCGCUCGAAUGGCGACGUCGAGCCACGCCGCCAGAAUGCCGUCUCGCUGAACACGGACACGGACGCUGCCUCCUCUCGCUCGUCCGCCUCCGCCACCUCUCUCCUACCCGCCUCCUCGCGCUCCCCUUCUACCCUCGAGGCAGACGACGACGCCUCCUUGCGCCCGCUACCCGGUUCUGCGCCGCCUUCUCCGUCUCCCUCUCACGCUCCCUCGUUUGUGUCCGGCUCAGCGUCCGUGUCCACCUCGCCCUCCUACCGCUCCGACCCACGCACCUUCCGCUCGCUCGCGGCGAGCACCAAGCCAACCACGGUGCUUUCCGUCGACCUGACCACGGGCGGAAUGGCGCAUAUAGCACAGGCGCCGCCGACGACGCCCAGCCCCGUGACACAAUACGCGCAAGGUCAAGCCUCGGGCCUCCCGAGCUCGAGUCCGAGUCACCCGCGUCUCCAGCAUGUGCGCACGCCAACGGCGGGCUCCAUUACAUUCAGCGUCCCACGCCCGUCCUCGCUCCGUAACGUCGCCGCGCUCGGCCUGUCCGAUGGCAGCGACGAGCAUCAGACCGCCUUCGCCGGCGGCGGGCAGGUCCAAGCGCCUAACCACACCGUGCAUCACCCGCGCGACAACCCGCGGCCGUCGAGCCCGCCGCCCGACGACGCCUCCGUGCUCACGCUUGCCUCGUCCGCAUAUGCCGUCCCCGGCGCGCGCGGCGGCAACCCUCUUGCGUGGGCCGCGGCCUCGGUCUCUUACCACGUCGGCAUGGACUCGCGCUCGCAGUUCGGGUUCGAUGCCGGCACGGGUCGAUCUGCGGACGGGGAGCACGAUCAUGGAGAGGAGGAGGACGGGGAGGAGGAAGGCGACGGCGAGGAGAGAGUGAACGCGAGCGUACGCGCGCUGAGGCCGAGGCGCAGCUGGGAGAGCGAGGCGAGCCGGUGGAGCGCGCGGGUGGGCAUGCCAGGCCCCGGGACGGCGAGCAGCGUGCACGGUCCUGCGACGCCGAGCGAGUUCAGGACGGGGCUGUGGGGGCCCGGCAGCGUCAAGACGGGCGGGUUCGGCGCGGACGGCGCGUUGGACGACGAGAAGGAGCCGAAGUCAGCGAUCGAGAUCACGAACGAGGGCGGGGAACCGACCCUUGCCACCGAGGACACGGGAGGGGACGGGGCCAAGACUGGCCUGCUCACUGCUCCCGCAGUCGAUGCAGACCCAGAGGCGACGCCCUCGAUGCCGCCUACAGCGCUCCCCUCCGACGCGGAUCGCCGCACGCCCCCACCCGCGUCACAGACGGAUCGUUCGCCCUCGACGCCGAGCGGGUCGGUCUCCAAGACGAGCGACUACUUCGCGACGAACCACUCCACGCCGACGCGCACGCGGCAUCCGAGCGCCGCAUCGCGGGCGAGCUCGGGCACGGAAGAGGCCCGGCCUGGCGCGCUGCACGAGCACGAGGAAUACGAGACAGACUUUCAGAGCAUCGCAGCGACGGAUGCGCAGACGGACGUGUGGCACAGUGCGCCGACAACGCCUGCCGCUUGGGAUUAG